CUUCCGGUAACAACAUAAAGGCCUCCAUUGCUCAUAACGAUUUAACGAGAAGGACGAAAUGGAUCCUAGAUAGAUCUCAUUGCGGAGAAGAAAGGAAAGUGAUUAGUGAUCAACCCUCGAAGAUCAUUCCAAGGGAAAUUUUGAUCCGAUGGCGAUCGCUACAUUGGUGCAAGGCAUCAUCGUAUUGAGCUUACCUUGGCUUGCCUUGGAGCUUAUCGAUUUCUACAUACGCAAUCAUGGGUUGAACAAAAACAUCCAAAUACCUUUAAUACAAUUCUAUUCACACAGGAUAGCCAACAAUCUUUCCAUUUCUCGAGGCACAUUUUGGAUCAAAUUGGAAACAACAGCAUUCAAUACUCUUCCGGAAAAUUUUUUGAAUAGGAUAAUAGGAUCUAAAAGCUUCUCGAAUCUACCUUAUGAUCGCGAAGACAUCUCACAACGCUCUCGACAGAAUGGCACUGCGAAAUCGAAUCGGUCUAAAUUGUUGUCCAGAUUGUACGACCUUGGCAUCGUUUUUGCAUUUCUGGCAUUCUUUGCUAGCCUGACAAUCAUUGUAUGGGGAGCCUUUGUGCUCAUAGGAGAUAUCGUUGGGCUGAUGCAAACACAGCCUGUUGAUGUAAUUGAGAAGAGUGUAGAAGCACAAGCAACAGAGAUGGCACAGGUAUACGGUAACAUACAACGAAGACAGCUAUCAACCAAUCAAGCGAUGACACCCACUCCACAAGACUCAAAUACUUCUGCAUGGACGCCAAACUUGAAACCACUUAUACCCGGAUUGACAUUACCAUGGACUCACCUCUUGCCAUUGGUGAUCGCUCUUGUUGUCACACAAGUAUUACACGAAGCAGGCCACGCAAUAUGCGGCACACUCCAUGACCUCCCUCCACUGCGAACGGGGAUCAUGUUUCUCUAUCCUAUAAUACCCGGCGCAUUUGUGGUAUUGCCACGAACAGCGUCUUCCAUUGGACCAGCAAAUGAUGAUGCAGAGGAAGAUGAGAAUCAAUCAUGGCAAGAACUCGAAAGAGGAUUAGCAAGCGAAGAGGAAGACGAAGAUUUUUAUCCUCAUGUAUCUCUGCGUGAAAAGAUGCAAAUCGUUUCUGCGGGUGUUUGGCACAAUGCUUUGACUGCGAUUAUCCUUGCAGUGUUUCUUGUCAUUCCAGUCGGAUCAUUUAUUCACACUAUAUUCUUCUAUGAUUCUGGAGCGCUAAGAGUACAAAAAGUUCGAUCGUCUUCGCCUUUGGCAAUGCAUCUUUCAUCUGGAGCGAUCAUAACGCAUUUGGACGACAUCGAUCUCACAGAAUCUACCUCAAAGAGUGGUGAGAAGCGAUCAUUGUUGUGGGAUCAAUACCUGGCGUACGAGCAGACCGACACAGUAUCUCCAGUCGUAGAUCAAGGCUGGUGUGUGGCACCACAUAUAUGGAAAAGCAGUCCGGCCACUUGCUGUGAAAAGUUCGUUGGCGGACAAACACAGAGGAGUACAGAAGAUGACAGUACGAGUGCUUUAGGUACAAAAUUGUGCUUUGUGACUAAUGAUCGUACUCAAGGACGAUGUUAUGAUCCAGUCUUUUUGGUGGAGGGAAAAGCAGAGCGAUGUAUAGCCUCAUGUCCUUUCACAGAUGUGAAUGGAUACCCCGCCGAAUCCAUCUGUGUUCGACCUGAUAGCCGCGAAGAGCUUUUGAGAAUCACAGUGCAAGAACAAAUGGCCGGAAAGACGAAAGAGAGAGUUGUCCUAUUUCAAGGAAAUCGCUAUGCCGUUCAUUUGGCUCUGGAUGUUUCACCUUAUGCGUUCCGAUUAUGGUCAGGAUUUCGUUGGCCAGGUCGUUUGUUCAAUUUGAUGUCGAUGAUCUUCAAUUACUCGCUAACCUUGAGUGUAGCGAUGGCUUUAUUCAACAUGUUACCUUUGCCGACUUUGGACGGUGACGUUUUCUUGACCAUGCUUUUUGCAUAUUGGUUCUCUCCGCUGGAUCAAAGCGCCAGCGUAAAUGGUGUGGAGCAGCACAGGAAGGCAGAUGAUAGACUUUCAAGCUCAAAUGUAGCAGAGGAUUCGCUAUCCAAGUCUCGGCACAAUAGACAAGGCAGCAUGAGUGAAUCAGCACGAAACAGAGCAAACGGAGGGUCCAAUGGUACAUCCUCCAAAAGAGAUGAUGAUGAGCGAGGGGCAGCGAAGAAGCCGGCAUUUCAACCUCGUAAACCAAGGAUAUAUGUUCAGUCGGGAACAAUAUCUCAGAUUCACAAGAGGAUCAAUUGGGCAACUUUAUUCUUGACAAUCUUUGUCUUUGGCGGGUCUGUUGUUAUGCAUAUCAUAAAAACGGAUUGAUGAUACCAGAUCUAUUGUACAAUUAUUGCAAUACAAAUGCUAAAUGUAUAAUACAAUUUUAUGUUUGUGUAUAGAAGUACAAGGCAUUCAGAUCAUCCUUUCCUUUGACUAGGUCGAAGAAGAUUGCGUCUUAUCCUACGCUUUUUCAUAUCAAUCACAACUUCUUCUUCGGC